GAGAGAGAUUUAAUUAAUGGAGGGUCCUAUUAAGUUUCUAUGUCUUGUUGGGGUUGUGGUGCUUGUUAGCAUUGUAGGGGUUUAUAGAGUGGAGGGUGCUGGUGAAUGUGGCAGGUCUACUACCCCAGACAAUGAAGCUAUAAAGCUUGCUCCUUGUGCCACAGCAGCACAAGAUGAAAAUGCUAGUGUUUCUCAAAAUUGCUGUGCUCAGGUUAAGAAACUUGGCCAGAACCCAAGUUGCCUCUGUGCAGUUUUGCUAUCUAACACUGCCAAAAUGGCUGGAGUCAACCCUCAAAUUGCCAUAACCAUCCCCAAGCGUUGCAACCUGGCUAACCGUCCUGUUGGUUACAAGUGUGGACGUAAGUUUUGCAGCUUACACUCUGCCUUAAAGGAGUUAAAGUUGCUGAAAACAACGAAGAUGGGAUUAAAUGCACUAUGGCUGUUAGCUACUAAGAUACUGUGACUACAUGCUUGUUGUAUGGUGUUGUAAUUUUCUAGUUUCUUGUGAAUAAGAGCUAGCAGCUAACUAGUGUCCCCCCUUAAUAAAACAUGUACUUUCAGUGUUUCAUGUGCCUACUGAAACUUUCUAACUGUUGUUUUCAUAUUAUCUUUC